AUGUCCCCAAGUUCCAAGAAACACCCCGGCGCCUCCGACGUGGAGAUCCUCAACGAGCCCGACUGGACUCUAACGCAUAAUCACCGCGUGGGAACGCGAGGGCGCGAUGCACGGUUUAUGGGCGUGACACACACGGGCGACGAAAGACCGUUUGAACUCGAAAAGAUUGCAGAGGAAGAGCUGGAUCAGCUGCGCGAGCAGGUGAGCAAAGGCGAGUUGAUUACUGUGCGGGAUAUUAUGACCAAGCAGAAGGACUUUCAUCUAGAGCGGCCGGAUGUGCAUCCUAAUUUCUGGAGAUAUGUACUGCAUACUACUGAAAGCUAUAUCAAGCAGGAGCAGCCGUGGCCCAUCAAUAAAAAGAAGGAGGAGGAACAGGGCAAGAAACAGAGGGAAAAAGAGGCAGAGGAAAAGGAGCAGAGGGAACAGGAAAAUAUAAAGAGACCAGGCGGUGAGAAACAGAAACAAAAAGAAAAUGAGCAGAAGAAAAAAGGCAGCGGAGAGGACGAAGAACGAAACGACAAUGCAAAUUCCAAGCCAGCAAGCUCACCAGAAGAAGAAGCACUCCUACAAUACCUACGACAUGAGCAAGAAUAUCGCUCAUUAAUGCAAACGGAUGAUGGCAGGGGUCGCUGUCCAAUUCAAAAUGAGCGUCUUCCCGAGAAAAUCGACGAAGCAGACCAGUUCAGCCCCGACAGCUGGGUUCCUCGCAGCGAUAAAUUGAUCCGUCUGACAGGAAAACAUCCUAUGAAUGCUGAAGCCAACCUGACCACGCUUUUUGAAGCUGGCCUUAUCACACCUUCGCCGAUACACUACGUCCGCAACCACGGCGCUGUGCCACAUCUGCUCUGGGAAAACCACAAACUAGAGGUGGUAGCGGACAAAUACUUGGUUUUUGGCAUGGACGAUCUGCAGAAGCAAUUCGAGAGCGUCAAUAUACCCGUAUUCAUGGCUUGUGACGGAAAUCGCCGGAAAGAGCUUAACAUGAUCAUGAAAACCAGGGGGUUUAAUUUCACUGCUGCUGCUAGUGGUUGCUCUUACUGGCGAGGGGUCUUACUCUGCGAUGUCCUCAUGUUCGCAGGCGUUACGCAGCUCGUGGAGAAGAAUCCCGAAAAACAGUUCUGGGUCAAUUUCGAAGGCGCAGACACACUCACUGAAGGGAAAUAUGAAACCUGCAUCCCCCUCGAUUAUGCAAUGGACCGAAACAACGAUGUGAUGCUCGCAUACCAGAUGAAUGACCACCCUAUUCCACCAGAUCAUGGAUACCCCCUGCGCUUGAUUCUUCCCGGCUGGGUGGGCGCGCGAUCUGUCAAAUGGCUCGCGCGGGUUUGGAUUUCUGACCAUGAGAAUGGUAGUCACUAUCACAUCUACGAUAACCGGCAGCUGCCCAGUUUCAUCACCGAUACCAGCUCUGACAUUGCGCAAACCAUGUUUCGCCACCACAGUACCAUCUGUAACGAGCAGAUGCUGAAUUCUGUCAUUGCAAGGCCGGCGCAGGGGGAAAAGAUUGAUCUGGUGGAUGUGAAAAAGGGUAAGAUGUAUCGAAUUACCGGAUAUGCCUACAACGGAAGCGGAGAUGAAAUCGACAAGGUGGAAAUCAGCCUGGAUGGUGGAGAACAUUGGCUGUACUGUGUUCGCAAGUAUCCCGAUGCGCCCAUUCGGCAUAGCCUAAAAUUCUGGACUUGGUUGCAUUGGCACAUCGAUUUGGACAUCACCAAGCUUAUUCGUGCACAAAGUAUUAUUGUUCGUGCUUUUGAUGUGCAUAAAAACACGCAGCCUCCAAAGCCUGUGUGGAAUAUAGAAGGAAUGAUGAACAACUGCUGGUAUGAAGUGAAACCUGAAGUGUUCGACGAUCCGCAAAAUGAGGAAGCAUACCUGCUUUUCCGCCACCCAGUAGAUGCUGGAAAUGGCAAGAAUGGCUGGAUGGAAGAGUCCACCGAAGAAAGGAUCGAAGAAGUCAAACGCAAGGUAUCAGCUCCCGAAAAGCAAUUCACUCGACAGGAGGUUGAGAAGCAUGGCAAUGAGGAUGAUUGCUGGAUCGUCGUCAAUGGCAAUGUAUACGAUGCUACUAGUGUCCUCAGUUGGCAUCCCGGUGGGAAAGGGGCUAUUAUGGCGCAUGCUGGUAUCGUGCAUAUGGAGACAACGGAUGAAUUUGAGGGUAUCCACGACGAUUACGCUCUGGGACAGCUGAAACAAUGUAUUAUCGGAAAGGUUACGCAAAGAGCAAUGGACUAUAUGACAAAAGACGCCGAGCAAAAGAAGCAGGAAAGAUCGCAAGUCAAACACGACCCCGAAGCCGCCUUGGAUAAGUACAAGUGGAUUCAAGCUAGACUUCUCAACAAGGCAAAACUGUCUGAAGAUACCAAUCUUUACACAUUCGGACUCCCGCCACCGACUACGAAACUAGGGCUCGGAACUGGCCAACACAUCCAGGUUGGAUUUCAUUUCCAAGACCGCCUGGUCGUCCGUCCUUACACUCCAGUACGACCAGUCAUGGAAAGCGAAGAUGACGGCAGCUUCGACCUAGUAGUUAAAACGUAUUACCCAGAUACAACCCAACCCGGUGGUACCAUGAGCAACAUCCUGGACUGUCUUCGGCAUGGCGAGGAAAUCGAAGUCAAGGGUCCUGCAGGAGAUAUCCAAUACCAGGGGGGUGGCCGCUUUGUCAUUGACGGAAGAGAGCACAGAUUCAACAACGUUUCCCUAAUCCUCGGUGGAUCAGGUGUCACUCCGGGUUAUCAAAUAAUUGCUCGAAUUCUCGAAGACCAAGAAGACAACACAAAGAUCAAAGUGAUCGACACAAACAAGUCCGAAGCCGAUAUCCUGAUGAGCGGCGAUUUUGACCAGUUUGCGAAGAACCACGCGGACCAAUUUGCGAUUGUGCAUGUGCUCUCUCACGCCAGUGAGAACUGGAAGGGUGAAAAGGGCCAUAUUACUGAGGAUAUAAUCAAACAACAUGCCUUUGAGCCGGAUAGGAACAAUGUGGCGCUCCUUUGCGGUCCACCGAUGAUGAUUCAGAAAAUAGCAUUGCCUGUUUUGAAAGAUUGGGGGUAUGAGGAGGAUAAUAAUUUGUUUGGUUUUUAG